CCGGCUCUCAGGGUUCCAUUGCCGAGUUUGCCCGUUGAGGUUGGUCAAACGACGAUCUCCUCUAGGCAUUUCUCCGACGUUUCUACUUGCGUUCGCUUGGAUUUCAAGGCUUACAAUUGAAGAUGAUUUGACAGGGGAAUGGAGGUUUGUCGGAGAAAUCGCCGUGUCAGUUGUCUCUACUAGUGUCAUGACUCUGGCUGUCUUGGAUGCUGCUUAUCUCGAUGGGCUAUUUUUGGGUCGCGAAGAAAAUCUACUGGGGUAUUUAAAGAGGAAGGGGGUUUCCCUGUGAUAUGGAUUCUCUACCCCAGUGAAUUUAGAUCAAUCGAGUAUUCGAUCAAAAAAAAGCCAUCAUGAAGGGUGCUGUCAUUUCGAGUCUUUUGGCCCUUGCAGCCCAGACUGCCUACGCCCAGGUCAAAGGCACCCCAGAGGGUUUCGCCGCCGGAACUACCGGUGGUGGUAAUGCUCAAGCGGCCACGCCGUCCAGCCUCCAGCAGCUUGUCGAGUGGAUCACCGACAGCACCCCCCGUACCAUUCUGAUCGACCGCACCUGGGACUUUGCCGGCACCGAAGGCUCGACCUCCGGCCAGUGCUGCAGCACCAGAACGACUACCUGCGAAGGCGGCACCUCCAAGGGUCAGGCUUGGAUCCAGGAUAAAUGCGAUGAUGGCACCUGGGUGUCCUGCACCUAUGACAACGCUGCUCGCAAGCCGUUGGACGUCGGCUCCAACAAAAGCAUCGUCGGUGUUGGCAGCAAAGGUGUGCUCAAGGGCAAGGGAUUGCGUAUCCGGGGUGGUAACAAGAACGUGAUCAUUCAGAACAUUCACAUCACGAACUUGAACCCUCAGUAUGUCUGGGGAGGAGACGCCUUGACUCUGGACGGAUCGGACCAGGUCUGGAUCGACCACAACAAGUUCUCCCUGACGGGCCGUCAACAAAUUGUCAGCGGCUGGGGCCAGGCCGGUCGCGUCACCAUCUCGAACAACGAGUUCGAUGGUCGCACCGAGUGGUCUGCUGGAUGCAACGGGAAGCACUACUGGACCAUGCUUCUCAUCGGUGAGAACGACCAGUACACAUUCUCGGGCAACUGGGUUCACGACGUUUCGGGCCGCGCUCCCCACAUGGGCACCGACAACACCGACUCGAAGAUCUUCUUCCACGGCGUAAACAACUAUUUCCAGAACAUCGGCGGACAUUCGUUUGACAUCGACACCAACACCCAUGUGCUGCUUGAGGGCAACUACUUCGACAACGUCGAUACUCCUCUGACCCAGACCUCGCUCGAGAGUGGCGCCCUGAUCUACAACGUGCCGACCGUCGACUCUGCCAGCGCCUGUACUUCGGAUCUGGGAUACAUUUGCGAAUGGAACCGCCUGAGUAACUCGGGCACGUGGACCUCCAAGACCGACAAGGCUGUUCUCACCAAGGCGGCCGAGUAUAAGAACUCCUUGAUUGGUCAUAUCGGCGUGGCGGAUGUGCCGGCGAAGGUCAAGGCCAAUGCGGGUGUUGGCAGGAUCUGA